ACAACCAUUAUCAUAUUCAGACGCAUAAACCUUUUCGAGCCCCAGGAAAACAACCAAGCGGCACUUCAACCCAGCUCGCUAAAUUCUCUCCUGUUCCUUCUCGUACCCCCUCGCCUUCCCACUUAGAUCCAUUCAUUUCACCAAAAAGUUGUCCACAACAACAUGACCAAUUCUUACAGUCUUGCCGACUGCUCUAAAAAGCGUGUAUGCUACUUUUACGAUGGUGAGUUCAGGAACAGACUUAUCUGGAAUCAACCAAAUAUCUUUUCUUAACUUGAGAACUCAAAAUUUCUGAAUCACACAAUACACCAAAUGCCAUUCUGAAAAGAUGACGUGGGCAACUUUAGCUAUGGUCCAGGCCAUUACAUGAAGCCAAAGCGCAUGCAUAUGGUUCACAAUUUAGUUGUUAAUUAUGGCUUGUACCAUAAAAUGGACAUUGUGAAACCAAAACGUAUUUCAGCCUUUCAAAUGACGAGAUUCCAUUCGGACGAGUAUAUAAACUUUUUACAACAUGUGACACCAGAUAACGUAGAACAAUUGGCGAUGCAACAUGGUGGAUUGGAGCAAGGGAUUGCUCGCUUCAAUGUGGGAGAAGAUUGUCCAGUGUUUGAAGGAUUGUUUGAAUUUUGCUCAAUAUCUGCGGGUGGUACAAUUGGCGCCGCCAACAAAUUAUUAAGUGGCGAAGCAGAUAUUGCAAUCAAUUGGUCUGGUGGUCUUCAUCACGCGAAAAAAACAGAGGCAUCUGGAUUCUGUUAUGUAAAUGAUAUUGUGCUGGGUAUCUUGGAAUUAUUAAGAUACCAUCAGCGCGUAUUAUAUGUGGAUAUUGAUGUGCACCAUGGUGAUGGUGUGGAGGAAGCCUUUUACACAACAGAUCGCGUAAUGACGUGUUCAUUUCACAAAUUUGGCGAGUUUUUCCCUGGUACCGGUGAUAUCAAGGAUACUGGUUUGGGUAAAGGCAAAGAUUACGCCGUGAACGUUCCAUUAAGAGACGGUAUCGAUGACGAGUCCUAUAAAAAUGUGUUCCGACCUAUCAUACAACGAAUCAUGGAAUGGUUUCGGCCUGGUGCUAUGGUCUUACAGCUUGGUGGUGACUCAUUAGCUGGCGAUCGAUUAGGCUGUUUCAACUUAUCUAUGCGUGGCCAUGCAUCGUGCGUCGAAUAUCUGAAAUCAUUCAAUGUACCCUUAAUUAUGGUGGGCGGUGGCGGAUACACGAUUAGAAACGUUGCACGGACAUGGACCUUUGAAACCGGACUGGCAGUCGGAGAGGAUUUAUCAGCAAUUGAAUUACCGUUCAAUGACUACUUUGAAUAUUAUGGACCCGAGUAUAAACUGGAUGUACCAUCAAACAAUAUGGCAAAUCAUAAUACCCCUGAAUACCUAGACAAGAUCAUAGCAAAAAUCACGGAUAAUCUGCGGAAUUUACCAUUUGCACCAUCUGUUCAAAUGCAAGAGGUACCACGAGAUAUUGACAUGGAUAUAGAAGGUCAAGACAGUGAACAUGAUGAAGCAGACGACCGUCAAACCCAACGGCGUCGUUUGGAACGAAUGGGAGUUUUCUCUUAAAUCGUUAAACAAAACCGUAAAUCAAGCACCCCAAAGUUGUAAUUUUUCUUAUACAUAUCUAACCUAGUAAAUUGUCAGAAACAAAAAAUCGGAACAAAGGUAUAACCCUAAUAACGAACAAGUGUUGUAUUACUCAAUUACAUUGUUUUCAUAUCGCAAUUAUUAAAAAAACAGAGAGGAUUCUUUGGUGGGUAAUAGGGGGAAUAU